AUGAUAAAAUUUUUUCUUAUGGUAAACAAACAAGGUCAAACAAGGCUCUCUAGGUAUUACGAGCAUGUAGAAAUUAAUAAACGGACAAUGCUGGAAGCUGAAGUAAUCAAAAACUGUCUCUCCCGUUCAAAGGAUCAGUGCUCUUUCAUCGAGUACAAGGACUUUAAGCUGGUGUACCGACAGUAUGCAGCCCUUUUCGUAGUCGUCGGAAUCAACGAGACUGAGAAUGAGAUGGCAGUAUAUGAACUAAUUCAUAACUUUGUGGAAGUUUUGGACAAAUACUUCAGCAGAGUGAGUGAAUUAGAUAUCAUGUUCAAUUUGGACAGAGUGCACAUCAUUUUGGAUGAAAUGGUGCUAAAUGGCUGCAUCGUGGAAACAAACAGGACCAGAAUUCUUGCCCCUCUGUUUGUGCUCGACAAAGUGGCAGAAAGCUAG